GAGUGAAAGUCCAAUUAUAAUAGCAAAUUCAAUUCUAAUACUAAUACCACUUUCAACUUUUACUCUUAGUCAAAUAAUAAUAAUAAUAAUAAUAAUAAUCAAGAAGAAGGAAAUAAAGAAACUUCUUCACACUUUUACACGGCAUAGAACAACGACAUUGCAAUUCUCCAUUCUAUAUAUGGAAUAAACUAAGGCUGAAGGUUUUUUUUCCCAGGUGUUCAAGUUACACCCAACAAAGAAAGAGAUAGAGCAGGUUAGCCUAAUCACUUUAAAGAUGGAGCAGUUGGCAUAAAAAAGAGUUAGUUGCAACUUCUCUGAUCCACUUCCUUGCCCUCUUUAUAAAGGAACGAAUGACAGCAACAAAAUUGCAUCAAAUCCAAAAUGGUACUGAAGGCAUUGAUAGUAAACUCAAACAAGAAGCAGGUUAGAGAACCACCUUCAGUUCCAUUUCUCUGGGAAGAAAAGCCGGGCAUACCCAAAAAGGACUGGAAACCAGGAGUUUCUUCAGUAAGUUCAGUUCCAAUCCCUCCAGUCAAGCUUAUUGCCUCGGUCCCAUUCGAAUGGGAAGAAAAGCCAGGAACACCACUACCCAUUUUCUCACAACAGCCAUUUAUAUCAGUAGUGCCGCCACUGUCAAAGCCACCCCCUUUGCCUGCACCUCCAAUGUACUAUCAGAGCAUGCAUGAGAAUGAGGACACUGAUGGUGAUGGUGACGAUAAAGAAAUAUUUGGUAACGAAACAGAAGAUUCAUUUCGUUCAGCUCCUUCUCUCCUAGCAAAUGGCCUUGUUUCAUCAGUGGCAAUUUCCACUGAUGUUCCGGCAAAGAAAAUUUCUUCAGCCGAAGAAAACAGUGGUCCUGUGGAAACGACACCAUCCUCACCGGCAUCAGAAACAGGCAGCAGCACAAGCAGCUAUGCAACUGGAGUCUCCAGCCUGGUGGGGAGCUCCUUCUUGGAAUGCCUCUUUCCAUUGUUUCCACCCCAGUCAGGAUUCCUUGAAAAGGUUGGGCAUCCAGAGGGCUCUCUUACUCCACUAGAACAAAAGAGUAGACAUUUUGAACAGGAAAACAAUGGUAUCACAGUGAGGAGGCCACCUACGUUAGGAGAGCUGAUAAUGAUGAGCAGAAGGAGAAGUUACAGAAGAAAGGCCAUUCAGAUGAGAAAACAGAAACUAACAAUGGAAAUCAUGAAGAGUAGAGCUUUUGGAUGCUGCAUCUUUGGAACUGGCAGCAGGAUUGUAGAAGAAUUGCAUAGAAAGAGGAAGGAGUUGGCAAGAAUGAAACUACUGUAGUAUUACAGAACUCCCUUGAGGUUGAACG